CCUUGAAACAUCCUGCCCCCUGGCUGUAACCCCGCCCUCAGCCCCGCGAGCCCUCUCAGUGCCGGAGCCUGACAGCAGGCGCUGCAUUGAGCUGGAACGAAGCGAGUGGCAAGGUUCAAAGAAGGGAAAUCUCCAGCAAUCUGAGAAACUCGCUCAAACCCACAAACAAAAUGACUUUUGAAGAACUCACAGGCGAUCAGAAAGCAGAGAGGAUGGAUGUGGUGAGAAAAGCUUUGGAAGAAGUUUUGAGCUCCGCGCUGGCGCAAGGCUGCAUCACAGUUGGAGUGUAUGAGGCAGCAAAACUCCUAAAUGCGGAUCCUGACAACGUUGUUUUAUGCUUGCUUGCCACGGAUGAAGGGAAUGAUCUGGACGUGGCUUUGCAAAUUCAUUUUACGUUGAUCCAAGCUUUUUGCUGCGAAAACGAUAUUAACAUAAUGAGGGUGAACAACAUGCACCGUCUGGCAGAGAUCUUGGGCGGGAUGGAUGGGGCAGGCGAACCCAAAGACCUCCAUUGCAUAUUGAUCACAAGUCAAGUUGCACCAUGGAAAGAUGCAGCGUUGAGCAAAGUCAGCGGUUUCUGCAAAGAGAGUCGUUACAUGGAUCAGUGGGUCCCAAUCAUCAAUCUGCCUGAACGGUGAUCCUCAUUUAAUCGCAAACAUUGGAUUUAAGAGUUGCAUUUGCCUCUCAGGGAUUGCUCAGGAGAUAUUCUUCGUAGCCGUCCGAAAACGUGGCGCUGGAAAAUUAAAAGUUUUUUAUUGUUGUUGCGGAGGGCGGGCUAGACUGGAGUUUCGACUGUCUGUAAUUAUUUUCCUCAGAACGCCGAACUAUGACUCAACUUCAGCUGUGCCUGGAAAUAGUGACAAUGAGUAAGCAGACGGGAACUGAAGCAAAGGUUGGAGCUGAUUUCAUAGCCGAGAGUAAUAGAACUGCCGGAAGAAUUGCGGGGAAUUACAGCUUCUAUUUCGGGAACUAGAACUUGUUUUAAAAAAAACUUGUUUUGACAAAACUCGACGUAUGGAUAAGAGAAGUGUUUGAAUUUAGUUUGAAAAUGCAGUAUUGCUUUCUAUUUACACGAUGUCAUAGACCUGAGGGGAAAGUUUAAAAAACAUAUGUUAAGGAUUUUUAUUGUAUUUAAUAACAAAUUGAACUUUAUUGCAAAAACACUUUUCUUUGCUGUUUUGUCUAAGUAUGAAAUGAGAAGUUAUUUCACAAUUUAUAUAAAUUGACCAUUAUUUUUGAAAAAUUGACUAAUUUUUUAACCAGUUAAUAAUUAUUACCCUUUUUUCAUUAGCAAUUUAAUGUUCAGAAUUUGUUACAGGUAAAUUUAGUGGAUUGUUUUAAUUGGAAAGUUUGCAAUACAAUACAAUAGGAUUGCCAAUAUACUGAUUUCAGCUUGUUAAAGUAUAACAAUAUGCCCUAAUUAUAAGUCAUAUUUUAUCCCUUUUGUCACUUCGUAUAGAUGAGCAAUGUUAAAACUGCACCACUGCUCUUUUACAAGCAAGUUCAGAAUGCAGCUUAUUUAUGAUCAGGACAAAAUGCAGUAAUGUAUUAAGUGAUUUAUUAGUUAGUGGCUAUGUAUUUCUGAAAGAUGAUAUUCUGCUACACAACUCAUUAUUGCAUUGAUACAUCCAGCACCAUACAUCCUGUGGACACAAUGGUGCAUGUAAAUUGGCUGACUUCUUCCUAUGAUCAGCUAUAGUUAAGGUUGCAAAUAAUAAGAGCAAUUGCAUGAUCAAACUUAGUCUGUGAGAGUUAACUGACUGUGCUCAAUUUUAGCAACUCCUUUUCAGUAAUACAAAGCAUCAGUGGAAUAAGGAUGGAAAAAGCAGCCUAUACCUCCAUUUUGAUAAUUGAGUAAUAGAAUUGCUUGUGUAUAUAUCAGCUGAGGACAAAGGUAUGCUUAGCUGUUCAAAUAGCAUCUCUGGAGAGAGGAUAGUAGAGGUCAUAUUUCAGAUUCAUUAGCUUUCAUUAGAACUCUGUCAAAAGAUCACCAAUCUGAAUGAACACUAA